AUGCCAUUUGUGUCAAUGGUCAACCAAACUGCCAGGAUUCCUGCACGCCCCAGAAUCCUGAUGGAUUCCUGCACGCCCCAGAAUCCUGAUGAUGCCUACAGUAAUGCCAUUUGUGUCAAUGGUCAACCAAACUGCCAGGAUUCCUGCACGCCCCAGAAUCCUGAUGAUGCCUACAGUAAUGCCAUUUGUGUCAAUGGUCAACCAAACUGCCAGGAUUCCUGCACGCCCCAGAAUCCUGAUGAUGCCUACAUUAAUGCCAUUUGUGUCAAUGGUCAACCAAACUCCCAGGAUUCCUGCACGCCCCAGAAUCCUGAUGAUGCCUACAUUAAUAUCAUUUGUGUCAAUGGUCAACCAAACUGCCAGGAUUCCUGCACGCCCCAGAAUCCUGAUGAUGCCUACAGUAAUGCCAUUUGUGUCAAUGGUCAACCAAACUGCCAGGAUUCCUGCACGCCCCAGAAUCCUGAUGAUGCCUACAUUAAUACCAUUUGUGUCGAUGGUCAACCAAACUCCCAGGAUUCCUGCACGCCCCAGAAUCCUGAUGGUAAGACUUUCAUACUGUAA